UAUUAUUAUUAUUUAAUAUAUAUUAUUAUAUAUUUUUAUAUUAAAAUGAUUCAAUACACACUUAAAUGACCGGUGCGACGGACAACGGUAUCACGUCGCUAUACAUAUAAUAACAUAUUAUUGUUGUUGUAAAACACGUACAGUAUUUUAUACACAUCAUCGGUAUUCGUCGACUGCAAACGGGCGCACUUGAUUUUAUUAUUUUUGUUUUUCGACAAUUCGCUAAUUAUAAAAAUAAUAAUAAUAUACUCUGUUCACUUAAACGCUGCACUACGCUAAAUAUAUACUAUCGUAAUACGUACACAUCUCUGUGCGGUCAAACGCGCCGUUUCACCCGAUUUCCGUUGACACGACAUCAUACCGUUUUCAUUAAAACUCCGAUCAUAAUAACAAUAAUAUAUUAUUUUAUCGUGUUUUUCUUUUCUUUUUUUUUUUUGUCUUCCGACGCUCUCGUUUUGAUUGUACUUAUAUAUUAUGGCGUGUACAAAUGUAACGCGUACGUAAAUAAAUACACUACACGUUACACUGCGAUAUCGACCCGAAUGAAGGACCUUAGAAUAAUUACUGCCUUACUCGUUAUUAUCGCGUCCGGAGUCGUCGGUACUAGUACGGAAUGCUCAGCAUAUCAAGCUCGGUCCAUUUACUGUUACGAGUGCGACAGCGCCAAGGACCCGCGAUGCAAAGAUCCGUUCAACUACACGGCCAUGCCUCAAGACCAACCGCCACUGGUCAGCUGCAACGGAUGUUGCGUUAAGAUGGUGCGGUACGUGCGAACGUCGUACGAGAGCAUCAAGAGGACGUGCACGUCGCAGUUGCAGAUCAACCUGUUCAUGGUGGACCACGUGUGCAUGAUGGAGGGAACGGGCACGGGACACAUGUGCUUCUGCGAGGAGGACAACUGCAACGCGGCCACCGGACCAUCGUCGGCGACCGUGUCCGGCGCAGCAGCCCUCGCCGUGUACGCGCUGCGACAGCUGUUGCACCGGUAGACGCGCGGGCCCGACACGGCAUUUAUUUUCGUCCCGCGUUUAUUUCAUCAAUUUUUAUUUGUGCUCUCCCCCCCCCCCCCCAUCACAACCAACGAGUGUAAAGUUUUUGUUUUCAUUUGUAUAAUUUCACAUCCACACACGACGACGUCCCCCAUAUACCUAUAAAAUAUACUGAUAAUAUCAAAACGAUAAAUAGGCCAUUUGUUCACGAUCACGCAAGAGCCCCGUCGCCGGUAAACAGAAUAAAAACCGUGUCGCCGUCGUUAUUACAAAUGUACAGUUUUUUUUUUUUUUUUUUUUUAUCACAAAUAUUGUUAACCAAACGCCGUCAAAAAACUAAUCAUAAAGUAUACAGUUAGACAUAAACUGCGUGGCGGCAAAUACAUCACAAAUUAUACAGAUCAAUAUGCCGAUUUUUUUUUUAUAAAAGAAAAACAAUAUUCAUACAGUAUGUCAGUAUAAGUUUUUUAAUCAUCAAUAAUAUAUAAUAAUGAUACAAUGAAAUCAA